UUGAGUUUGUCUAGAUUACGUAACAACCUGACAUCUUAUACUACGCAUGCGCGCGUCGCAGUAGCACGUGAAGCCAGCAUGGGCGACAAGGAGAAAGUUGAACUAGAUCGCUCACAGGUGAAAAAGGCUGUUCUAGCCUUGCAGGCAUUCCUAAAAAACAAGUUGACCGGCAAAAAGCUUUUCACGGAUGAGUCUCAAAAGAUCAGUCUGCUCUUCACUCUCUGGAGGAUCCCCAAGCGGGAACAGACCAUUCAAAUACCAUUGCCUCAUGGCCAACGCACAGCCUCAGAAGACGUUUGCCUAUUCACUAGAGAUGAGCCCCAAAUGACCACAGAUCAAACUGAGAGGUUUUAUAAGACGUUGAUGAGAGAACGGGGGAUUAAAAAUGUCACUGAGAUAAUCCCCUUCAAGGUCCUGAAGACAGAGUACAAAUCAUUUGAGGCUAAACGACGCCUAUUGGGGAAUUUUGAUAUGUUCCUCUCAGACAACCGCAUACGGCGCCGUCUGCCGUCACAUAUCGGAAAGCACUUCUAUGAAAGGAAAAAGGAGCCGCUUUGUGUGAACCUGCAGAGCAAAGAUCUUGCCAGAGACCUCCAGAAAUUGGUCCAGGGCACCAGCGUGAAGGUCAACAACAAGGGCUCUUGCUGUAUGGCGCGUGUUGGCCACUCCGGCAUGAAUGCCGAAGAGUUGACUGACAACAUCGAGGUGGCUGUCCAAAUGGUGGCUAAAAACAUACGCAUGAAGGGACCAGUACUGAAGCUUGUCCACUUAAAAAGUGAAAAAUCAGUGGCGUUACCCAUUUACACUUCAGACCUCAGUCACCUUAUGAAGCCUGAAGCCACAGAGGCGGAAAAGCAGGCAACUACUGAAAAAACACCAGAGAACACAAAACAAACCUCUGCAGCGGAUGGGAAAGACAAGCGAAAGAAAAGGAAGGUGGAGGAGAACAAUGACAACGCAGGAGAAAAGGAAGAAGAUGAAGAAAUUCCACAGCUGGUCCCAAUAGUGACAGAGAGCAAAAAGCUUAAACUCCAGCGGAAAAAAAAUAUGCCUGCUAAGAAAAAUGUAAGCACAAUGGUCAAAAGGACGAAGAAAGCAACUACACCCAAAGGAAAACUACAUAAAGUCAAAUGAUUUUAUUUUGGGACUUGAUAUAUUGUAAGAUUAACAAUACAUACAAUACAGUAUGUUUUAACCUUUCAUCUCAUCAUUGCUAGAUUCAAGUAUGUCCAAUUGUCAGUCAAGUUUGUAUCUAAAUGCUUUCUAAGAAUAAAAUGCCUUUAUUAA